CCAUGUCAUGUGGCAGUGGUGACAUAUUGCGAUAUGUGGAUACGUGUUUCUAUACCUCUCUUUGUGCUGCGACAGAAUGUCAGGGUCAAGGUGAAACAUCACUUGAUCACGUCAAGAUCUUAAGAAGACAGUACUCACAUUGCUGUAACGUUUAAUUAGAAAACGUUUCAGAUUACAUUUUUUGCUGUUUUCAUCAUCAGUUGUUUUCUUCGAAACACGUCAAGACUGCAAAGAAACUUUUUUGAAAGCCCACAGGGAGUGACUGCCUGUGAGUUACCUUGUGCUGGUAGACGUCGCACACAACCAUGGUGUUGAUCCUGGGCCGGCGGUUGAACCGGCAGGACUCUGGGGUCCGUGAGUCCCCUGCAGUCAAGCGCAAGGUGUUUGAUAUGGACCCCAAGGCCCUCAUGAGCCACGACAUUUUUGACUUCUCCUCCGGGCCGUUACACGCUGAAAGCAUCUUGCAAGUAUUCAACGAAUUCCGAGACAGCCGCCUUUUCACCGAUGUCAUCAUCUGUGUGCAGGGCCGUGAGUUCCCUUGCCACCGUGCUGUGUUGUCUGCCUGCAGUGCCUAUUUCCGUGCCAUGUUCUGCAAUGACCACCGCGAAAGCCGGGAAAUGCUGGUUGAGAUCAACGGGAUCCGGGCUGAAGCUAUGGACAGCUUCUUGCAGUACGUCUACACUGGCCGGGCCAGGAUCACAACUGAGAAUGUGCAGUUCCUCUUUGAGACCUCAAGCCUCUUUCAAAUCGGAGCACUGCGUGAUGCCUGCGCCCAGUUUCUGGAGGACCAGCUGGAUCCAUGCAACUGCCUGGGCAUUCAACGUUUUGCCGAUGCUCAUUCUUUGAAGCAGCUGGCCAGUCGAUGCCGUACUUAUGCCCUGCAGAACUUUCCAGAUGUGGCUCAGCAUGAGGAGUUUCUGGACUUACGGCAUGAUGAGCUGGAGGAGUACAUCAACAGCGACGAUCUGGUGGUGAGCAAGGAGGAGACUGUGUUCGAGGCAGUGAUGCGCUGGGUGUACCGUGAUGUGGAGCACCGGCGGCCCAUGUUGCGAGAGCUGCUACAGCAUGUCCGCAUGCCACUGCUGCACCCCAACUAUUUUGUGCAGACAGUGGAGGGUGACCAGCUCAUCCAGAGUGCCCCUGAUUGCUACCAGCUGCUCCACGAAGCCCGACGCUAUCAUGUGCUGGGCAAUGAGAUGAUGUCACCCAGGACCCGACCUCGUAGGUCCACCGGCUUUUCUGAGGUCAUUGUGGUGGUGGGUGGGUGUGAGAGGGUAGGUGGCUUCAAUCUACCCUACACUGAGUGCUAUGACCCAGUGACUGGAGAGUGGAAGUCAUUGGCUAAGUUGCCCGAGUUCACCAAGAGUGAAUAUGCAGUGUGUGCCCUGAGGAAUGACAUUCUAGUUUCAGGGGGCCGGAUCAAUAGUCGUGAUGUGUGGAUGUACAACUCCCAGCUGAACCUAUGGAUCCGUGUGGCUUCGCUGAAUAAAGGCCGCUGGCGGCAUAAGAUGGCUGUCCUGCUGGGCAAGGUGUAUGCUGUGGGAGGCUAUGAUGGCCAGAGUCGCCUGAGCAGUGCAGAGUGCUAUGACUCCUUCUCAAACCGCUGGACAGAGGUGGCUCCCAUGAAAGAAGCUGUAAGCUCCCCAGCAGUAGCCAGCUGUGCUAGCAAGCUGUUUGUGAUCGGAGGUGGACCAGAUGACAACACCUGCUCUGACAAGGUCCAGUGUUAUGACCCGGAGGUGGAUGCUUGGUUGUUGAGGGCCAAUAUACCCAUUGCUAAGCGCUGCAUCACUGCUGUAUCACUCAACAACUUGAUCUACGUGGCUGGAGGCCUCACCAAGUCCAUCUUCUGCUAUGACCCAAAUGAGGACUACUGGAUGCAUGUGGUGCACACCUUCAGCAAGCAGGAGAGCUGCGGCAUGUCUGUGUGCAAUGGGAAAAUUUUCAUUCUAGGAGGACGAGGAGAGGAUGGAGAGGCUUCGGACACCAUACAAUGUUAUGACCCCGCCACAGGCAUAAUCACAGGCGUGGCCGCCAUGCCCCGACCCAUUUCAUAUCAUGGUUGUGUCACCAUUCAUCGCUACAAUGAGAAGCCCCUGCGCCCAUGAUGUGGUCCAUACUGAGCCAUGGAGAUGUACCCCUGAGGCCUACCCUGGGAAAGCAACCUGAGCCACUUCUGUUGUAGCAUUGUGUAGUUGCUUGGUGUCAUUGUACAUGGCAUAAGGUGUUUUUUACCAGUUUUAAAUAUGUGCAAGUAUUUCCAAAGACCACUUGUGUGUCAGCGACCUUGCUAAAUCAUCUCCGUUACAAAAGGGCCCAGUUUACAGAACAGGUUACGACUUGAACACUCAAUGAAAUGUAACAGUACAUGUAACAAUACAUAAAGUCAGGCAGAAUGUGUAUCGGUCAAUCAACAUGUUCAGUGGAACUGUACAAGCCAGUCAUGUCCCAUUAUGAAAACAAUGCCAUUCCUGAAAGGUUUUGACUCCACAAGCUUCGUACAUGUGUCAUGUUAGAGCACAGAAGAAACCACAACAUUCUUGGCAGGACCACGACUUUAAGGUUCUAAGGAAGCAUGCCCCUCCACAUGCACCCAUAAAAACAAUCAAACUGCAUAAGUUCUCCAUGUUUAUGCUACAAUGAAUUCGCUCUGAGACACUUCCUUCAUUCCUGGACACUUACAUAUUCCGUACGUGUGUUCUUUUCCUUUUAGUGGUCGGCAGGUUUUUGUGCUAUUUAUUCAUUGAUGUAUUUACACUACUAUUCUGAUUAAGUGAAAUAUUAUUUGCUUGUUUUAAUUUUUUCUUUUUAUUUCUGGGUUUAUUUUAGCAUUCACCAUCUGCAUUGACUUGAUGGUGUGAUUGGGUAGUGUUUUUGGGUUGUAUGUAGCUGUUCAGGGUAGCAAUAUGACUAUUGCGUGUUUCAAAACACAAGGAAGUGGAGCUGUUUUUGCAAGGAAACCAGCACAUGGAAUCUUGGACCCCCAUGCUGUGCAAGGCAUUGAUGAGGUACUGAAGAUGCAGUGAUAUGAGUAUAAAUUAGAAAUGCGUUCCUUGCAAUACCUUGACCUUUUUGGAUUGCUUUAGCAAUUACCAUUACUGGUCAUUAGCUUCAGACCUCAGUGUCGUGCCAUCUGUUCAUUCAGGUGGCAGAGUUUUGGGUAACCAGGGAAACCUCCGGAUAUGAGUGACUAAAUGUCUGAAAUGAAUGACUGCUCCCUGCUGACCAAAGUGCGCCCUUCAGUCCAGGACCUCUGCUUGAAUGUUUACAUGGAGCAAGAUCUGUGGGUAUGAAACACAACAGUACUGGUCAGUAAUCUUCUUGGGGUGCUUGUCUGGCAGUUUUGAUGCUGUGAAUUAGCCUGGGGGUUUGUUUUUUCUGCUAUAUUGGGUUUUGUGGAAAACUUAGUGUGUACAUCUUUUUGUUUUCUUUUUUAAUUACUGAAGACAAAGAGCCCCGA